AAGAACCGUGUCCUCUCUGCCUUCCUAUUCUUCCUCUCUUUGUUAAAAAGGUCAAACCCAACCACCGCGAAAAAAAAUUCAUUUCCGGUGAUCCUCUAAGAUUGAAGUGCUGCCGUUUUGUUAUUUCCCUCUUAUGCUAUUGCGGAUCACUUUUUUCUAUCCCGGUAACGCCCCGGUGGCCGGAACAAGAAAUUGGAUUGGUUCUUUACUAUGAAGAGCAACAGCAACAUCGGAAACAACAACAAAGGCUCCAAUACUAGUAACAAUAAUGGUUUUUUGCCGAAUUCUUUGAAAUUCAUUUCUUCCUGCCUCAAAACAGCCUCUUCAGGUGUACGGUCAGCUAGUGCCUCCGUCGCCGCUUCUAUUACUGGUGACUCUCAGGAACACCCAAAAGACCAGGUGCUCUGGGCGUCGUUUGACAGACUAGAGCUUAGUUCCUUAUCUUUUAAGAGGGUCCUCUUACUUGGAUACUCCAAUGGCUUUCAAGUUCUUGAUGUCGAAGACGCCUCUAAUGUCAAUGAACUUGUUUCAAGGCGUGAUGAUCCCGUUACAUUUUUACAAAUGCAGCCACUCCCUGAAAUGUCUGAGGGUCAUGAAGGAUUUAGAGCAUCACAUCCUUUACUUCUUGUCGUUGCCUGCGAUGAGUCAAAGGUCUCAGGUUUGAUGCCUAUUGGAAGAGAUGGAUUGGCUAGACAUGGUUUUGAUGAGCCUCAAAAUGGAAAUAUUCUUCUCUCUCCUACUGCUGUUCGAUUCUAUUCGCUAAGGUCUCAUAAUUAUGUUCAUGUAUUGAGAUUCCGGUCAACUGUAUGUAUGGUUAGAAGCAGUCCUCGAAUAGUAGCUGUGGGGCUUGCAACACAAAUAUACUGCUUCGAUGCUCUCACUCUUGAAAAUAAAUUUAGUGUCCUCACCUAUCCUGUCCCUCAAGCAGGAGGCCAAGGAACGCUUGGGAUUAAUAUUGGAUAUGGUCCCAUGGCAGUGGGUCCCAGGUGGUUAGCUUAUGCUUCAAACAAUCCAUUGCAGUCAAAUACAGGUCGACUGAGUCCACAGAACCUGACUCCAUCUCCUGGUGUUAGUCCAUCAACUUCUCCUAGUAGUGGGAGUCUUGUGGCUCGAUAUGCUAUGGAAUCUAGUAAGCAGUUAGCUGCUGGGUUAAUCAAUCUGGGUGACAUGGGCUACAAAACUUUGUCAAAAUACUAUCAAGAUCUUAUUCCUGAUGGUUCUGGUUCUCCCAUGUCUUCAAAUUCAGGCCGGAAAGUUGGUCGGGGUGCAUUGCAUUCUGCAGAGACUGAUAUUGCUGGGACGGUUGUUGUCAAAGAUUUUGUUUCCAGAGCUGUUAUAUCACAGUUCAGGGCUCAUACCAGUCCAAUUUCUGCUCUAUGUUUUGAUCCAAGUGGGACUCUUCUAGUUACGGCCUCAAUACAUGGGAACAAUAUAAAUAUUUUUCGGAUCAUGCCAUCCUCAACAAAGAAUGGAUCUGGCUCUCAAAGCUAUGAUUGGAGUUCUUCACAUGUGCACCUUUACAAGCUCCACCGUGGCAUGACAUCAGCUGUGAUCCAAGAUAUUUGCUUUAGUGCUUUCAGUCAGUGGAUUGCCAUUGUUUCAUCUCGGGGUACUUGCCAUAUUUUUGUUCUUUCCCCGUUUGGUGGUGAGAAUGUACUCCAAAUUCGGAAUUCUCAUGUAGAUGGGUCUAUCUUAUCACCAGUUGUAUCUUUCCCUUGGUGGUCCACUCCAUCAUUCCCAAUAAACUAUCAAACAUUCUCUUUGCCAGCACCACCAACUGUUACCCUCUCUGUUGUUAGCAGAAUAAAAAAUGUUAACUCUGGAUGGCUUAAUACGGUUGCCAAUGCUGCAUCAUCUGCGGCUGGAAGGACCUCCUUCCCUUCCGGUGCUUUCUCUGCUGUUUUUCAUAACUCUUUACAUAAUGAUUUGCAACGAGCUCAAGUAAAAGUUAAUGUUUUGGAGCAGCUAUUAGUUUACACUCCUUCUGGACAUGUUGUCCAACAUAAGCUACUGCCUUCAUUUGGGGGAGAAGCAGGUGAAAGUGCUUCAAGAAUUGGACCAGGUUCAUCUUUCCAGCUACAAGAAGAGGAGUUGCGGGUGAAAGUAGAAGCUAUGCAAGCAUGGGAUGUAUGCAGAAGAACAGAUUGGCCAGAAAGAGAGGAAUGCCUUUCUGGAAUGACUCAUGGAAGAAAAGAAGCAUUAGAGAUGACUAUGGAUGGUUCUGAUUCUGAAGAUAAUUAUGCUGGGCAAACGGCCAUGUCAAAGGCCCAAGAUAGGUCUCACUUGUAUCUUUCCAGUGCAGAAGUACAGAUAAGCAGUGGAAGGAUUUCAAUCUGGCAGAAUUCUAAGGUAUCAUUUUAUACAAUGAAUCCUGUUGGGUUUGAUGAUCAUAAGUUCACUGUUGAUCAGUCUGGUGGAGAAACUGAAAUAGAACAGAUGCCUGCUCAAGAGGUUGAAAUUAGACAGAGGGAUCUAUUGCCUAUUUUUGAGCCUUUUCACAGGAUUCAACCUGGUUGGAAUGACAGGGGCUUAGCUGCAGAAAGUUAUCCAGUGUCUUCUUCUCUUGAUGCUAAAGCAAGAUUCUCUGAAGUCACUGUUAUCUCUCACUCUAAGUUGAUGUCACCUAGCUCGAUCGAAAACUCAGACAGUGGGUCGUUAAGAAAUUCUUAUCCACCCAGUCUUCAAUCUGGGAAUGAUAGUAGUGGAGUAAAGGGACAGAGUUGUAUUUUGGCAUCACAUUUGCUUAAUCAGAGCACUCUUAACAAAGAUGCUGGUCCUGUGUCUUGUAAUCAAUCUAAUAGUCUAUCAUCAUUAACAAGUGGCUCCAUAUCUGGUGGAAGAACCAUUGCAAAGGAGGUUCAAUUUCCAAACAGUGGUGGAAGCAGUGAUGUUUCAAACACAAGUUCUAACCGAUCAAAUUUGAGUAUGAACAUGUUAGAUGAGGAGCCUGUAAAUGAAUCACCCGAAUUUGAGCAUUUUUUUCAAGAAGAGUACUAUAAAGUGUCACCCUUAAGUCCAUGUACUGAGCCAACAGAGGUUGUUACUGAUGUUGACAGCAACAGCAGUCCUUGUGAGAGAGAAAAAUCUGAGGAAGGUGACAACAAUGAUAUGCUUGGUGGUGUUUUUGCCUUCUCUGAGGAAGGUUGAGUUGUUUCUUGUGUUCCUUUCAAGGUGCGCGCAUUAUGUUUAUAUUGUCAACUUCAGGUUCAUUUGUUGAAACGCCAGCCUUGUAGGGCGGAGGCUGACAAAACAAAACUAAUUGAAAGUGUGGUUUGGUGAUUUUAAGAAGCUACUGACUGAUUGGUUCUAAGUAAUUUAAAGAUUGGCUCAUUGUGCUGCUAGGGCACAUCUCUGGAUUCCACUCUUCUAAUGUACAGGUUGUAAAUUGAUAUUCUGCUGAAUGCAAAAGAUUUGUGAAGACAUGUUCUUUCUGUGCUGUGUAAACAUUAUUCAUUCUUCAAAAAAAAAAAACAAAGGAAAAAGCAAUAAAAAGAAAAGGAAAAUUACUUUGCA